CACAUAAAACCAAUGACAUUGGGUUUCAUAAAGGUUCGGACAGUAGGUGGCAGCAUUCACCUACUGCGUUGUAUGCAAGUAAAACCAAAGAAGAAGAAGUUGAGCGCGAAACUUUUCACCACAAGGCACUGAGGCAGUGAAUUGGUCCACCACAUGUCUGGAGUUUGAUAGCCAACCUCCCUGAACUUCUAUAUUUGUCUUGCUGUGGCAACGCUGUGUUCAGGGCAACCUCCUUAUGGUAGUCUUUGGAUGUGGCAGUGUAAAGUGUGUGACAAACUACUUUCUAGUAGAGUGAAUCUAUCAAAAGAUGGCUGGUCAGGUUUUCCUGAGAAUCCUCAUUGGUGGGGACCAUGAUUCGAGAAAACUAAUCCUUGAGACUGGAAUUCCAGAGUCUGUUGAUGAACUUUGUCUCAAAAUAAAGAGUUCUUUUGGACUUGUCAAGCCAUUCAGGCUUCAGUACCAGGACAAAGACUUUGGAAAUGAAUACAUGAACCUCUCAGCGACUUGUGAAAUUCAAGACCGAAGUACUCUGAAAGUUAUAUUCUUUUCCAGUGAGGCCACAACCUCUAGCAAUGAGUUAAGGCCACCAGUGACUACUUCAAGCUUUACUACUCCUCUGACCCAGGCUGGCAUGGUACCCACUUCAGCCUCCUCCCUAGAUGAAGACGAUGCUGUGUCAUUUGAUUCAUGUGACAGCAACAGUACAAUACUGUUUUCUUCUCCUGAGCCUAUGUCGUCUCCUGAGACGAGGUCACGUUCUUGGCCCGAAGUCUUUGUGGUACCUCACUUUACAUGUGCUGCAGAGCUCCAACUUGAGAGGGCAAAUGCAGACUUCAAAAAAGAUGGAACUUUGCUCUCACCACCUCCGAAAUUGAGAUCUGAUGUUCUCGAGGGUAUGUCUGAAGAAAUUAUGAAGUACACCGCUUACCCCAAGGAUGGUCAGCUCGAAGAAGCCGCUAAGGCCCUCACAAAGACUCACCCCUGUUUGCGUGAGAGGGGAUCUGAAACUGGCUAUGAUGGAUGGAAGCAAUACCUGAAGGUGAAGAUGGCUAACUUGCGUUCUAUUCUUGGGAGACAUGGACAUCCAGAAGUCACAGUUAACUCCCUGAAAAACAAGCGUCAGGGUCAGGGGAAACCUGCUGCCAACAUAAAGAAGCCUAAGAAGGCAGAGGUGAACUUUCUUCCUUGUUACCCAAAAGGAGAAACCAGAGACAGUCUGGAGAAGCAACGGGUUGCUCUUUUGACUGAGGUGAAGAAAAAGAACAACGGAGCAGUGAUCAGAGAGAAAAUGCAACUUACCUUCUCAUACAGAAGACAAGAAGUGGUUGAAAACAUGCCAAUGGUUGCUGAAAUCCAAAACAGAUGGCCAGCUCUUUUUGAGGCUGAAGAAGUUAACGCAGAGUUCAUGCGGAUAAAUGUAAUGCCUCUUGAAUCACGGUUCAUCUCUCAGUUGGACAAGUACACAGACAACCUGAUGAAGGUAUUCCGCAACAAGGGGGGAGUUGCAGGAAAGAAGAUCCGUCAAAUAAUGUCAUUGAAAACUAAGACAGAUGCCAUACACAUCAAGAGAGAGUGCGUCCUAAAAUGCCUGAGUGUCUAUCUGAAUGAGGACACCAAGCCACUCAUCAAGGAAUACUCUAGUGUCGACAUAGAUGAUAUGGAGAGGGACUUUCCUCUGACCACCAUGGGGGUCUAUGUGGUCAGAAAAGAAAAUGCAGAGCCCAAAGAAGAUCCUGAGGAUGUGGGAGUACUGAUCGAAGGGGUAGAGGUCCUUGCUGGAUUACCAAGUAUCACUUGUGGAUGUGCCAUGCUGUUUGGAUUGAUCUAUGCACUCAAUUUGAGUUACCCACAAGCGUGGAAGUGCACAUUUGAGGUGUUCCAGAAGAUACUGAUGAACCUAGAUGGUAAGAGGCUUUCACCAAAAGUUCAGUCAUUGAAAAUCAAGAUGUUGCAGUGAUCUAUAUGGUGCAGUCAUGCCUCACCAGUGGACUCUUUUUGACUCUUCGUUCUAUACUUUGAAUCUUGGACUUCUUCUGAUGAACAAAAAAUCUUGGACACUAUCACAUUGUUAUUGCUGCGCUUAAAAGUAUACCUGGUUUUCCAUUGGACAUUGUUUGACUCAACAUACCAAAGGGUGCAUUUUUGAUGCCUAUGCUUUUUGUGUUAAGUGUGCAACACAAAUUCUCUUGUGUGGAUAAUGACAUUACUUUCUUGUGAAGCACCUCUCAGUAUAUUUUCAGGGCACUGACUUUUUUGAAGUUAAUUUUGUUUUCACUAUGUUUUCUUUGUUGAAAAAAAAUUACUUCAGCCAAGCUUAAUGUUUGACUGUUUUGUUUGAUUUGUAGUCAUAACAAUUAGUGGGAAAAUUGUAAACAAAAUAGAUUGUUCAAACUGCAGUCACUUGUCUUAGCUCAUGUUUUCAGCAGGUGUAUUAAGUUUGUUAUUGAAGAUUUAUCUGCAUUGAAAAUACCAUUGUUGGCAUGUUAGAUGUUUAGAUAUUCAGUAACAACAUUAGGACAUCUAGCACAAACCUAUUUUAAAAUGCUUUAAGUGUGAUGACAUUUUGAAACUCCAGAGUCUAGUUAAAAAAAAAAAAAAGAAAACUUGUUGAGUUUAUUGUAGCAAAGGAGUCACUUAUUGGGUGAUGUUUUACACUCUGAUUUUGCAAGAAAGAAGUGUUGCAAGACUGUUAACACUAAACUUUUGCCAUUUUCGUUAAACUGUUUGUUAAAACCAAUAAAUUGGUUUUAAUUAAAAA